CCAUUCCAAAGUAAUCACCGAAGCAACCGCUCCAAAACCAAAAUACCAAAAUGAAGUGCAUGGUAGCUGCAGUCAUCUUGGCCCUCGCCGUUGUUUCGGACGCUGGACUUCUGCCAUACGGAGGCUGGCCCUACGGUCAUCUGGCCGCCCCGACCGUCAUCCAGUCGAAUGUGUUGGCCCACCCGUACGGUGCGAUCUCGCAUGCCGCCAUCCAUGCUGCCUACGCCCCGCAUGCCGCCAUCUUGGCCGCUCCUCAUGCUGCCAUCUUGGCUGCACCGCACGCCGCCAUCCUGGCCGCACCUCAUGGACCGGCUGCUUCGGUUGCGCAUCAUGCCGGUGUUGUCCCUGGAGCCACCUCCGUCACCGCUACCCGAGGUGCAGUGCAUGUCGCCCCACUGCCCGGACAUGCCGUCUCCCAGCAGCAGCUGAACCUGGCCCCCGCACCGGGAACGAUCUAAGACGCUCUAGUCCGCUCAACCGUCUUGUUCUGUCGUCUAUCGCUGUUUUGUCGAAAUUACCCUAUCCCGAUUUUGGAAUGGUAGAGUCAUUUCGUUCGAUCGCAACCUCGUACAUUC